AUGCCACUCCUCGAACUUCCUUCUUACCUGGACCUUCGCACCUCUGCGGCGAAUGGCGCCAAACUUCCUCGGCGACCUGUGCUAACAACAUCUCCAACAAUGCAGGCCUUCGAAAACACCUCCACCAAUGUGGCCGCGAGCCAGAUGCGAAAUGCCCUCAACAACCUUGCCGAUACCGUCAAAGAUCCUGCUGAGAAGAAGCGUUUCGAAGCUGAAAUGGACAACUUCUUUGCUCUCUUCAGAAGAUAUCUCAAUGACCGCGCGAAGGGCAAUACCAUUGACUGGGCGAAGAUCAACCCUCCCAACCCUGAUCAAGUCGUCAACUAUGACAAGCUCCCCAACAGCGAUGCUGUCGAUUUCUUGAACAAGUUGGCUGUCGUCAAACUCAACGGUGGUCUGGGAACAUCGAUGGGUUGCGUUGGUCCCAAAUCUGUCAUUGAGGUCAGAGAUGGCAUGUCCUUCCUCGAUCUCUCAGUCCGCCAGAUCGAGUACCUCAACCGCACUUACGAUGUCAACGUGCCCUUCGUCCUGAUGAACAGCUUCAACACCGACGAAGAUACCGCUGCCAUCAUCAAGAAGUACGAGGGUCACAAUAUUGACAUUCUUACUUUCAACCAAUCCCGCUAUCCUCGUGUGUUGAAGGAUUCGCUCCUUCCUGCACCUAAGAGCAAUGAUUCACCUUUGUCUGAUUGGUACCCUCCCGGACACGGUGACGUGUUCGAGUCUCUCUACAACUCUGGUAUCUUGGACCAGCUCCUUGACCGAGGCAUUGAGAUCAUCUUCUUGUCCAACGCUGACAACUUGGGCGCCGUGGUCGAUCUCCGCAUUCUGCAGCACAUGGUUGAGACCAAGGCCGAAUAUAUCAUGGAGUUGACCGACAAGACCAAAGCCGAUGUCAAGGGUGGAACCAUUAUCGACUACGAGGGCAAGGCCAGACUACUCGAAAUUGCUCAAGUUCCCAAGCAAUACGUCAACGAGUUCAAGUCAAUCAAGAAGUUCAAGUACUUCAACACCAACAACAUCUGGAUGAAUCUUCGAGCAAUCAAACGUGUUGUGGAGGCGAACGAGCUUGAGAUGGAAAUCAUCCCCAACGACAAGUCCAUCCCAGCAGACAAGAAGGGAGAGGCAGAUAUCAGCAUUGUUCAAUUGGAGACUGCUGUUGGUGCCGCUAUCAAACAUUUCAAGAACGCUCACGGUGUCAAUGUUCCUCGAAGACGAUUUUUGCCUGUCAAGACUUGCUCCGAUCUCAUGCUGGUCAAGUCCAAUCUUUACACUUUGAGCCACGGUCAAUUGGUCAUUGAUCCUAACCGAUUUGGCCCUGCUCCUCUCAUCAAAUUGGGCAGUGAUUUCAAGAAAGUGGCUCAAUUCCAGAAGCGAAUUGGUAGCAUUCCUAACAUUGUGGAAUUGGAUCAUCUAACUGUUACUGGUGAUGUCAAUUUCGGUCGUGGUAUUGUUCUCAAGGGUACCGUCAUCAUCGUUGCGACCGAGAAUAGCACUAUCGAUAUUCCUCCUGGAUCAAUCCUCGAGAACGUGGUGGUUCAGGGAAGCUUGAGAUUACUUGAGCACUAG